UUUAGAAAGAAAGGGAAAUGAACCAUAGCUCAGCGAAAACGAUCAAAUCAUCUAGCAGUACUGCGCACGAACUAGACCAAACAAUGUUCACAUGUCGCCGGCGGACCAAUCGGCGGAAGACGAACGGCAACCACCGCACCGCCGCCGGAAAGUGCCUCAAUCAUCAAAAGUCAUAUAUGUCUCACAGGCUUCAACAUUCUUCGAUUCUCCGAUUCCUCUUAUUAUUUUCACUCUCCAGCUCGAGCUCGAUCAGAGCUCCGAUUCGAUUCAACGACGUGCAGAAAUCGGGGAAAAAAUACCGAAAAAUCGACGAACUACACUUGAAAUCACUUAAAUGUGGCAACGCACUUCUAACUCAAUGCUAUCUUCUGUCUCUGUUCGUUUCGCAGUAAGUUCUUCUUCUCCAUUUUUAUAUUUUUUUUCAGGUAUCGGAAGUUGCUUCGUCUUGGAAUGUGUACGGAGUUCGAGAAUCCGAAGUUUAUACCGCUACGUAGGUUCGGUAUUUGGUAUUUGAGUUUUGGUUUGCUGCUAUAAAGUUGAUUCCGAUAUAAUUUUCUUCUGUUGCUGUUCUACUUUCGCUUACUUUUUCUUUAUUUGACGUCUGUCGAUUUUUUCUUUCUCAACUUUUGCCUGUUGGUGUUUCCUUGCACGAUAAGAAAUCCGCCAUUCCCAAAGCUUUCCACUCUCCUGCCCUAUGCCCUACCAUUUCUGCAUCUAAGUUGCUUGUGAAAACGACCGAACUCACUCUCCAAUUCCAUCUGUUUGAUCGGUCUUUUUACCCUUCCAUGAUUCUUUCUGUAAGUAAUUGACAAGGAUUUCGCGAUGGAAUCGUGGAAAUCUGUGGCCGUCCGGGGAUUUUUUCUUGUCCUGUUGCUCUCUUCUGCGGCGGUGAGUUCAGUUUUCGGAAUCGGAGUGAACUGGGGAACGCAAUCUACCCACCCGUUGCCGCCGGCGACGGUGGUGAAGAUGCUGAAGGAUAACGGAAUUCAGAAGGUUAAGCUUUUUGACGCCGAUCCUGUAGUUCUAAACGCUCUUGGCAAGUCUGGGAUUGAAGUGAUGGUGGGAAUUCCAAACGACCUGCUUUAUAGCUUGGCUAACAGCAUCCAAGCAGCUGAAAAUUGGGUUGCCAAGAACCUGUCAUCUUAUAUUUCUGCUGGAAGUGUGGAUAUAAGGUAUGUUGCAGUUGGGAAUGAACCAUUCUUGAAAACGUUCAAUGGAAGCUUUCUAGGAACAACUUUUCCUGCUCUUCAAAAUGUCCAAGCCGCCAUUGUUAAGGCUGGAUUAAGCAAUAGGGUAAAAGUAACUGUGCCUAUGAAUGCUGAUGUUUAUCAGAGUCUCACAACUGUGCCUUCAGGUGGCGAUUUUCGUUCCGAUAUCCACGACCUCAUGCUCUCCAUUGUCAAGUUCUUGAGCGACAGUGCAUCCCCUUUUACUGUCAAUAUCUACCCGUUUAUAAGCCUCUAUGAAGAUCCCAACUUCCCUAUUGACUUUGCCUUCUUUGAUGGCUUCUCGCCUUCUUUGAACGACAAUGGACGAGUCUACGACAACGUUUUUAUCGCAAACUACGACACCCUUGUAUCUUCUUUACAGAAAAAUGGAUUCUCCAACAUGUCCAUAAUUGUUGGAGAGAUUGGAUGGCCAACUGAUGGAGACCGGAAUGCAGACUUGCAGUAUGCCAAGAGGUUCAACCAAGGCUUCUUAUCGCGGUUCAUCUCGGGACAGGGAACGCCGAUGAGGCCCGGCCCUAUUGAUGCAUACUUGUUUAGUCUUAUCGACGAAGAUGCCAAGAGCAUUCUGCCGGGCAAUUUCGAGCGGCAUUGGGGUCUGUUUUACUAUGAUGGUCGGCCUAAAUACAUGCUUCAAAUGGCAAAUGGGUCAAAUGGUUUGGUAGCUGCCUCAAAUGUGAAGUACCUUUCAAAACAAUGGUGUGUCAUGGCACCAUCAGCCAGCAUCGACGAUCCACAAAUCGCCCCGAGCGUGAGCUACGCUUGUGAAAACGGCGAUUGCACAAGCCUCGGCUUCGGUACUUCGUGUGCAGCUUUGGACACUCGGCAAAACAUCUCGUACGCAUUCAACAGCUACUACCAGAUAAAGAAUCAGCUGCAAAGUGCCUGCAAAUUUCCUCACCUUUCUGUUAUCACAACUCAAGAUCCAUCAGUUGGAAGUUGCAGGUUCACAGUUAUGACUCAGCCUUCUGAAGUUGCUGUGAAUGAAAGAUCAUCAGAGGCUUUGAGGAGGCAAUCUGCUGGAUUGUUGCUGUUUCUCUGUUUGUUCAUUGUGGCAGUUCUGUGAUCAAAACUACACAGGUUCCUCCAUUCUCUUUAAUUUAUAGACGUUUCUAGUAUACGGAGUGGAGUGAACUCUGAGUCUCAGCAGCCCAAAUUUGUCAUUUUUUUUAUUUUAUUUUGAGUUGUAAUUUUGCAUUUGGUAAUUAUAGUCCAGCAAUUUGAUAAAACUCCAAAA